CUACAACCAUGGGAUGGAACCGGGCGCGGGGGUCUGGGGCAGCCCGGAGGUGAAGCCCCGCGGCUGGAGAGGAGCCGGGCACCGGCAUGGGGUUGGAGCUGGGAGUCGCCCACAACAGGAGUGAAACACCCGCCCACCCCGUCUCGCCAGGCCCGGCAUUUACAAGUUUUUUCCUCAAGAGGUUUGCGGUUUCCAGCCCUUCCCACCUGGCCCUUCCGCGCAGCACCCGGGACCCCUCUGAGUCCCCCCAGCCCCGCAGGCGGGAGGAGCCGGCGGGGCCGUGCCCGGGGCAUCCCCGGGGCUGUUUUUUCCGAUGCUUGCGGCUGGAUUGCACUUUCCCCUCCGCUGUUUGCUUUUCUUUUUCCUUUUUCCUUUUUUUUUUUUUUGGUUGUUGUUUAAUUCUGCUCCCCCCGCUGCGCGGCUCCCCCCGCAGUGCUGCCCGCCCCGCCAAUCCGGGCCCUGCGGGGCUGGGGGGCUCCGGCAGCGGCUUUAAAAGCGGAGCCCUUUGUGCGCCGGAGCCCGCCGGAGCCCCGCACCGGCAGCUGCCGGGGCCGGACCGGGAUGUGCCGUGCUGUGUCGUGCUGUGCCGUGCCGCCGGCAGCCGCCGCCGCCGGGAGGAGCCCUGGACCUCGCUGCACCGGCAGCCCCGGGACCCGAGCAUCCCCCUCGGCAGGUAUUUCAUCCUUCCCCCCUGCACCCCAAUAAACGUGCCCGGCUUGCCCCCUCGCCGAUUUGCCGGGUCUGGCCUGGUCGGCUUUUAUUAUUUAUUUACUUCUUUUUUUAUUUCCUUUUUUUUUUUUUUUUUCCUAUACCCGUCUUCCUUCUUCCCUCCCUCGCACCCGCUGGGUUGGGAUGGUGGGGCUGACGGUGUUGUGUUGAUGGCACCGGAGCAGGCUGAGGUGUCAGGGCUGCUGGAGCCGGGAUGCUGCUCGCUGGUGGAUAUGUCGGGGCUCGUUGGGGACAGCUCAGUGUCACUGCUGCUGAGGGUGGGCCCCCAGCUCAGCCCUGCCCCACCUCUGCUUUUUGGCAAAAGCUCUGCUGCGGUCCCAAAGCUGUGCCGUGUCCUUGGAAGCAGAAAGGUUCCUCCUGGGGUGAGCAGUGGUGGCUGGAGCCAGCUAACACACCACAGGAGUGCUGGGGAGGCAUCAGGCUUGACUGGGAAGUGUGAGGGGCCUGGACCUUUGCCACGUGGGAAGUCACCCAGCGAACCGUUGGUGAACUUGGAUGCCAUCACGGCACUGCUGCGCCAAAGCCACCAGCCCUGCGUGAGCAGAGGAUGGAGAAGACAUCGGUCACAGCCACCCACGGUGCCACCGUUCCUCACCCCUGUUGUUAGAGGGACACUGCUGCCCAGAUUGCUGCCUGGAGCAUGACCGAGCUGCCACACAGCGCCAGGCACUCCGGCUGGGCUUGCAGUCCCCCGCGGCACUUGGGAUGGGGACGAGCCCUGGCUGGGGACCAAAGGCGGGGCGCUCGCCAGCCCCCACGUGCAGGCAGGGAACCGUUGGUGCAGUUAUUUGCAUGAGCAAGAGCGAGAGCUGGGGCUGACCGCAGGAACCCGCGGCUGCCGCAGGGGGCCCGGCUGCUGCGGGGGUCCCAUUGGCCCCAGGGAACAGCUGAGGGGCUGUUAUGCAAAUUUAGAGGAGCCAGGAAACCAGGCGGAGGGCAGAGGAGUCUGAAUUUCUCCUCUCUCCUCUGAGUCACAAGACUGUGACUGUGGUGGUGCCUGAUGAGAGCCUUGGCAGGAAUCCUUCCAACAUGGCAUUUCUCUGGCAUCUAGGUACUGGCUGGUCCUUGUCCCCUUAUCUGGGCAGGGCUGGGCACUGAGUGUCCCCCUGCUACCAGGCUUGCCCCCCAGGAAUGGCACAGCCUUGUGGUCUCCACACUGGUUCUGCAGCCUUUGUCAGCACAGCCACGACAUACGGCUGUUCUAGGAAGGGGCUGGGAGCAAAGUGGUGACUGGGGGGGGCUGGUGGUGGGGCAGAGUAGGUGCAGUUUUGGGAAAGGACCAAUACUGGCUGUUCUAAGCUCAGUCUCUGUUCCCAGGGCCCUUCCACGUAAGGCUUCAUAACAGCCUCGAGGUACAGUGGGACUGCUGCAGGGUCCGGAUGGAGGGGACUCCCCUUUGCCCUAGAAAAGUGGCACUGGCUGCAAGCAUGAAAUGAAUAAGGAUGUGGCACUGGUGUGGUCUCCUGAAAGUCA